CUCAGUCAGACAGUCGGCGCUUUCCUUUCCGGGGGGAGAACAAGUGGACCGAGAAGACCAUGAGCUCUUUUAGGAGUAAGACCUGAGGCAGAACCCGUUUUCUAAUCAUCUGAAAGUGUUUAUUUUGAGAGGAGACGAGCGGUUUGUCUGUGUUUGUCGCGCUCUUUUGGCUGGGAAACGCGACAGAGAGCUGGUCUGAAAGGUUUUUCUGAUAUCAGAAGCAGGGGCAUCUCAAUGUGGACACACUAAAGCUGCCAUAUUGUCUCCAUCGUUACACUGUGUUCCUCUGGGAUUAAGUGACGCAGAGACACAGCUGAUCCGAGGAGGUCAGACGCUCUCUGACCCAGAUCCCCCUGCAGCAGGAGGACAUGGAGGUCCUGCGGCGGUCCUCUGUGUUCGCUGCAGAGGUCCUGGAUGUGUUUGACCGGUCAUUGACUGAGAAGGAGCUGGUGUCCCAGUCCAAAGCCUUGUGCAGAGACUUCAUACUGUCCAGACUCAACCAGAAUGGACUGGGGUGGUCCAAAAGUGAACUCAACCUCUCUCCCUCAAACGCAGCGCUCGCUGAGGUGUCUAUGGUGCUUCUCUGUCUUGGCGACGAGCUGGAGUGUAUACAGCCCAGCUUGUACAGGAACGUGGCGCGGCAGCUCAACAUCUCUGUUUCCAUGGAGAACAUGGUUUCAGAUGCCUUCAUUGGAGUUGCAACAGAGAUCUUCUCAACAGGUAUAACAUGGGGGAAAGUGGUAUCCAUGUAUUCAGUAGCCGGAGCCCUGGCGGUGGAUUGUGUCAAACAGGGUUAUCCAAGCACCGUUCACAUCUUGGUGGACAGCCUCGGCCAGUUCGCCCGCAAGUUUCUGGUUCCCUGGCUGAAGAGACGGGGAGGAUGGACGGAGAUCACGAAAUGUGUGGUGAAGAAGGAUCUAACCCCUGAGCAUCACUGGCUGUCGUCUGUCAUCGAGUCCCUGAAGUACUUCCUCACUACUAUGUACGUCUACAUCAUGAAGGAGCCUUGAACCAUCAGAGAUUUAAAUCUCAGACUUGUCAAUAAUCGAUGGAGCGGAGAUGGUCGCUGUGCCUGUCAGCUGUUAUCAGUCUGUCACUGAACGACCAUCCGCAAAUGUUUCAUCAGCUGUGUUGUGUUGUCUUGCUGUUGGACAAGUGAUUACCCUUCAUCCAAAGUGUAGUCACCGUGUUAUUUAAGAGUAUAAACGGCAACUAAACAAGCUGUUGUCGCUCCAUCUCUUCUACAUACUCUCCCGCUGCUUACAUCGGUGCAGUAAACCAGGCUUCUCCAGUGUUGUGACCGUAAUGUGUGAUGGUGUUCUGGUUGAAUGUGAGGCCCUUUGCACUCCUGAGAUAAACUGUUCGACGUUAAGUUUGUCGCAGAAAAUGUACCUGAAGGAGGAAUGAAGGUGGAAGCCACGUUUGUAAUGAAAAUGAGGCUCAGCUGGCUGAGCAGUUAGAGUCUGAAAAUGACACAUGAUGAAGCAAAGGCUUUCCCACUUAGGCUUUAUCUACACUAUUUUACUUCACCAAAGCACGAGCAGCGUCUCGUCCCAAAUAUAAUUCAACUUUCUGCUGCAAUUUUUAGACACCACCGACCGAGAAAUGUUCAGUCUCACUUUUGGCCAAAGAACUUCAGGACAUGAGGAAUGAUACAAACUGCACCCACGUAUUUUUUGGUGAAAUUAAUCUCCUUUUUAAAUGUGUAAAUAGUUUUAUUUAUGAUUUUAUUUUACUUUUUUCUAUUUUGAUUAUGACUUCAACAGUUGAAGGCUCUGCAGUAUGAAGACAGCGGCUCUUCUGUGUGACUGUUUGGUAUGCUUGACGGUUCUCAUUUGCACAGUGUUAUAAAUGUGUCUGAAUGUUUUUUAAAAAAUGCAAAUAAACUUAACAAAAUCUUCA